AUGUCCAACGUCCCACCGCCUUCUGGUCUUAGCUAUCAAGUUAAAAAGAAGCUCGAAGGAAAGCGUGACAAAGAGCAAGAAGAGCAGGUCCUAACAUGGAUCGAAACACUCACGGGACUCAAGCUCGACCACUCAAAGCCCUAUGAGGACAUCCUUAAAGACGGCAUUGUGCUGUGCAAGUACGUCACUCGACUUUGA